AUCCACCUGUAGAGGGGCAUGCCCGAUUUAACAAAAGAGAGGGGGAUCCGGGAGGAUGUCCACGCCCAUGCCCGGGCCCCCGCUACCCUGGCACACUAUAGAAAAGGCAAAGUCACCGCACCGGCCCCACAACAAAAAACUGCAAGGACCGCGAGUGGUGUGCAAAGAACAUGAGCACAUGGUCACACAAAAAGUAGAUGGCGCGACCAGCACGGCCUGCUUCUAGCUCGCCAGUGGCCUCAUCGCGAGCUGCAGCCACGCGGGGCGCAUUUUCAGGUGCUCCAUGAUUGCAUUGGCAAGGAACACGGAAAUCUGUGGCGCGAGGUAGCUGCACGGUCAUGUUGGACGACUGCUCCCUGCGCAUGGCGGGUACCUUCUGCGAGGUGGCACACUACUUGAGACGUGCGUCGAGGGACUUCACAGUCGGCCUCGAUGAGGACAUGAGCUGCGUUCUCUCGCGAUCUAAGUCGGGGGUGUUAGCCACUUCGACCAAGCUGCUCGAGGUGCUGGUCGCCAUCAUCGAAACGAGGGAGCUCAAGCCAGCAGAUGAGGCCAGGAAUACCGGCAUCGGCUACGGUGCCGUGGCUGGCGCCUCUGCAGUCGCCGCAAAGCAGCUGACGAAGGCGAUCGAACAGUUGACCCGCAUCAGCGAAGUCAGGGGGGCCCACAUCACCAGCGCCCGCAAUCUGGCUAUUUUUCUUGAUCGUGCAUCUCAAUGCAAUAACCUCAGCAUGCAUCUCUUCAUGAUGCAUCGCGUAUCGGAUAUCGCGGAACAACGGGCAAGCACGCUCGCCAUAUAAUUGCAGAGAUGUCUGCGGUCAGCACGGGUGACACAACGCUCCAGCAACACGCCCGCAAGCUAGUUGUUAGCGGCUCCAUGCCCUCGAUCGAGUUUAGCUAUGAGGCCGUGGCGGCCUGGCCCGCUAUCCCCUUCAGGAAGUGGCGGAGCCAGGUCGCGACGGCGCUUUCGGGCAGGCCCCAGAGAGGAGCAUUGCCUUGAACUUUCAGGCCUCAGCUUCGGUGCAGGACGACACCCUUGUACCAGCACCCGAGACCGCCGAGCCCUCGUGGGGGCGUUCACACACAGGCGCCAAGGUUGUCGAGCGGGAGCAGGGUCUUGCUGCACUGGCUGGCUCUCGGCCUGCUGGCGCGGCGCUGCUAGUCAGCAAAGGCUGGGCUGGCACGUGGCCCCGCUCAAGCUGCUGAGCAUCGACUUGGAGCGCACGGUCGACCCCGUCACUGGCACUGGCACUGGCACUGGCUCUCGCGAUCGGCGCACCCCGUCGCAAGCGGCAACCACGCGCUCGCGGGCCGCGCCGGAGCGGGUCUGCCGAGGGCGCCGUGGCGCGAGGUGGCGGACCACCGCGAGGAGCACGGGGGCAUCCCGCCGA